CGGUGGGAUAGCAGAUCGGAAGCCAGUUGAUCGUGCAGUUUGAAAUCUCCAUUGUUUACAUUAGUGCAUGAAUUCGAUUUAAUAGUCUUGUGACAACUCCCUUAUUUAUUUUUGUUGACAUUUAUUCAUAGAGAAUUUGUAUCAUUUUGAGAAAGUGCAGGUAUGAAAUCGGAAUACAUUGGGGACGGGAGAAACAGAACAGAAGGAAGACAAUAUUUACAAAGGCGUCGCUUGACAAAACCUGUACAUUACAAAAAUGGGGACUUCGAUUCAGACUUGGCUCUUGCCAUGCAAGAAAGUCUUAAGCUCGCCAGACAGAAAGAAACUGAACUAAGUCUUAAGGAUAUUGAAAAUCGUGUUUUGCCUAAUGGCACCGUUCUAGAUGUUAUUCCUGCCACGAAAAUGGCGGAUAAAAUCAACAACAGCGGAGACGCUGGGAACCAAGAAUGUAAAGAUUUGAAAAAUCUUCUUCUGCUUCACGUCGAAUUAAUCCAACAUCAAGGCGACUUGUUGGCCAAAAAAGAUAAAGAAGUCAAAGAUUUAAAAACCGAGAAGCAGGCGCUAGAAUGUCGGUUAGAACGAAUGGAACGAAGAAUGUCUCUACUCAAACAGAAAGAAGAGUUCCAGGAAGCAUCUGUUGCCAAGGAAACUCACGAUGUCACUCCCACUAAAUCUGUUGAUAAAGCUCUCAAAAGAAAAUCCACAUCUUGUCUUGGCUCUCCCACACCAAGUAAACAUCCAGCACGACGAAUGACGAAAACACCCAGUAUACCAUCCAGAGCUAAAACAGAUAAACCCAAAAAACACAACUAUACAAGUCAUGUUGCUAUGGAAACAGAGAACACUGAUACACCAGUUAGUAAAUACAAACAGUUACAUAACCAACUGAUUGAAGACGAUAAUUCUUUCUUAAAUACAGACACUAUAUAUCAUGUAGUGGAGUCUCAACUUCGCUCUCGUAAUGUGGAGAUUCUUGAUGCUUCUAAAAUCCAAUCCGGUGUCCAGUCCCAGAGAGAGAUUGAAGUACCUAACUGGAGAAUAAUAAAAUAUACCAACUUAUGGCAAAUGGAAGGAACAGAGAAUCUUGAAGAUGAUACAAUUAUUAAAAGACAUCAGAAACCUGAAUUAGAAGAAAAACGUAGAAAGAGAUGGGAUAUGCAGAGAAUGAGAGAACAGAAAGCAGCGAUGAAAUUACGUGUUCGAGAGAAUUCAUCUUCUACAGAUCAUAAUAUAGAACCAUCACAAGAUAUUGAUACAUUUUUACCUAUAUUAGAUGACAUAACACAUAUAGAAGUUAGAGAUAAACUACCUGUUAUAGCAUUUGGUCAUCCCUUACCUGGUCUUACUCAACAAGAUUUUGAUUUACCAUGGGAAUGUGAUAAAACUCUGGUAAAUAAACGUCAUACGGCAUCAAGAUCUCGUAGAAAGUGAUAUAAGUGAUCUGUACUAUAUUAAACUGUUAUUUAUCUUAUUAUUUAUCAUAUAUACUCAUCAACAUUGUUCCUCAUUCAUCACACGCAUAAUCACAAGUAGUCAUUACUUACCACAAUUCAUCAUCAUAAGGCAUUUAGUGAACACACCAAAUCUCUUUCAGAGUGUAUGGUAUGAAUAGUUGACAAAAUAUGACAAUAAAUGUACAUAAAUAUUACAUAUUUUGACAGGUGAGACAAUCCAUACAACUAUUAUCUGAAGUGGUUAGGUGUGUUCGAAAUAAUGCCUCGUGUUUAAAGAUUUUACAUGAUCAUAGGUUCAUUAAAAUUUAAAAUGUCUAGACCUCUGUAAUUUGAGUCAAAAAUAAAAUUGUUCAUUUCUUUGGAUAUAAUGUAUUAAAUUGGUAUGAAAUAUAACCGAUGUUCUGUUCCACUGUUGACAAAGUAGGACAAAAAAUUAACUAAAAUUAGCAAACAAGCAGACUAUUAAUGAAUCUUUUGAACACAAAAUGUAAUCGAAUACAACUUACCCCAUCACUAAUAAAAUAACAGAUCAGAUUAACCCAAUAUAAUACUUUACCGUGACCCAAAUCCAAGACAUUUAGUUUCUUUAUAAUGGCGACUAUCAUAAGAUAGUGAUUUAUUUAUAGUUUUGUUGAGUGAUAAAAUUUUUAGUUUAUAUCUAGUAUUAAAUUUAUAGAAAUAUAUUUAGCAAUAUUUAGUUUCAAUUACUCAUCUUCACGUUGGACUAAUGGGACCAUACAAUGUAAGUUCGGCAUAAUGAAUAAAUACAUGGCUAGAUCAAUGAUCUGGAACAACUUUAACAAUUACUCAAGGUCGACCAAUAACUAAAAUAGAAUAUCUUUAAAAAAAUUUUUUUACUUUGUUGAUAUAAAAUAUAUUUUUCGAUGAGCACUAACAAGAAAUGACUUAAAUUUGAGUAAAUGGUUUGUUGCCCCCUAGUUUUCUCAAAUUUUUCUGCUAUUGUGUUAGGUCAUAAGACAGCUGAAUAAACUAAACUAACAGUGUUAUUUGUUGUGACCGGUAGUAGUUACAAUAAUACACGUAACCUUAUCUCAUGUUCCAUGAUUAUAGAGUAUUAGUUAUUAAAUAUUGAAAAUAUCACUCCAAAUUAUCAGUUUCAUGUGUAUAAGGAUUAAAAAAUAUUGUAAAUGUAGGUCCUUAUUUUAAUAAUUCAUUAAAACAAUGUCCAAAAAACAAUCAAAUAUUUUUAUAAUAUCAUUUUUGUAGUGGUUCCAAAAUUUUAAAAUUCUUUUUCAUCAGAAACCAGACCAUAAUGAAGGUUCAGUUCAUUUAUAAUACUAUUUUGUAUAUAUCAGAUAGAUUGUGUAAAAUAAAUAUAAAAUGUUUCAGUUCUGAUAUAUUGGUGUUGACACUGUUGAGUAGUAUGAUUUAGAUGUCAACUUUUUUCACUUUAUGUUAAAGGGGCAUUAUAACUUUGAACUUUGGUGAUCUUUGUGGGUUGUUAAAAAAAAUAAAAUUGAUUUGACGUGUAGUCACUACACCGUUAUAUUGUCAUAUGGGUUAUAUGGUCAUAUGGUCGGAGUUCAAAUUAGAUUUCUUUCAAAUUUGAAGAUUAAUCUGCCUGUUUAUCCGAGAGAUGAAGAUGUUUGAAGAUUUUGUAUGCAUUAAUAGCCUAUGGAUACUUGUGAAUAAUGAUUUAAUCCAUAUAGACUAGUUUUUGAAUUGCCAAUAAUUAGAGUUAUUUAAAAUAUAUUAAAAAUAUUUAUUCUCUUGUUGAAAGUUCUAAUGCCUCUUUAAAUAUGAAUUCUUUCAGUUAUGUUAAAUUUGUAUAUAAGUAGCUUAUUAAAUAAUGCUCAUAUAGACUAAUGACUGUAUGCUGGAUGUAUUACAAUAAUGAUUAUUUGUAUGUUUUGAAGUUGGAUUUUGACUGAAAAAUGUUUUAUUUUCAAACUUAAUUUUAAACUGUACAGCAUUCUAAUCUUCAUACACAAUCUUCUGGUACAAUUGGUGAAACAUUACAUACCUACAAUGGUUUCUGACACUUCAACAAUUGUACAUGGGAACGGCCAUUGUAUGAUGGUUAAAAUGUUUUGCAUUUUCAAAUUACAGAAGUUUGAACUCUAUAUGUUAAACAUAUUUUAGUGCUUAUAAAGAUGUUGAUCAUUGUCAACUACUUGCCCUCUUUUUACAAAUCACGUUGCGUUAUAUUAUCGUGAUUAGGGUUAGCUGUACAUAGUUUUCUGUUGAAAAGUCAUCCUUAUUAACUACUGCUAAUCUUCUGAGAACAUGAUAUAUGAUGUGUGAGCUGAGUAACCAGUAGGGUUCUAUAUAAUUAAUAUUGGUUGCUACCAUUUGUAUAUUUUGUAUUUAAAUGUAUAUACUGUACAUAAGAAAGAUAGUGUGUGUUUGUUUGCUUGUUGUGUGUUGUUCAGUCCUCCUGUAUGUACUAAUACAUCAUUUUGACAUAUAUCAAGCUUUGAAUACAAAACUCAAUCAUGUAUAUUAAUGGUUAAGUUCAAAUUAUUUCUUUAUUACAAAAGAAACAAAUCAAAGUUAUGAUGAGGUUUCAUUUCUAUUUAUGUUAUAAUGUUUAAAUGGUUGUACCAUUGUUUUAGUAUUCUCAACAUUUGACCUUUGUGACAGUAUUCUAUCAUAUCUAUUUAAAGGAGAACUCUAGCUGCUGCAUCUCAUAUUAGAUUCUGAAUGCGUAAUCUGAAAUACAAAUCAUUUGUAGGACACGAUCAGGGUAACUAUCUGUGUUUAUCAACAAAAUCAUGUGCUCGUGUUAUAAUAGUUGCUGUUCUUAUUCUGUAAACACAUGACUGAAUAAACAAUAAUAAACUCAUUGAAUCAAAUAGCACAUGAAACUCUUUAUUUAUAAAUACUUUCUCUCAUUGACUGACACCUUCUCUCAUUGACUGAAAUUUUCUCCUAUAAGUCUGUCUUUUUUUUAAACCCAGUUGGGGCAGAGAAGGGGGAUGAUAAGCCUUACUUCUUUCUUUGCUAGAAUCAAUGGUUAAAUGCCAUUCAUAGAUUGUAUUGAAAUUAUUUGUAUUUCAGGUUGUACAUGUUAGAUAAAAUCUAAACAAAUGGCAAUCGGUGUUCUGCUUUAAGGCGAUAGGUUGGUUUAUGUUGAUUAUUUUUGUAUAUAAUUAGGUUAGUUUAUAGUGGUUAUAUUUGUAUAUAAUUGAAUUAUGUAAUAAACUGAUUAUUAUACAAUCUAUGAGUGAUAAUGUAUGUUAUUGUUAUUGUAUAUAAACUGUCAAGUUUGUCCAUUGUCCAAAUUAAAAUGUUAUACUUCA